UGUAUAUAUAUGGUCUGCACGAAUAACAUUUAUCAAUUUUCUGUUUCUCUUGUGUCCGUUAAAAAGACAUAUUAUAUCCAAUUGAAAGUUAUGGCGAUUUAAUAUAUGGAAGGAUAAAACCAGAUUUUAGUGUUAGCGUCAGCAUAAUUAUAUUGAACAAGAGGCUACUGAAAAUGACAGAUUCGAUGAAAUUUGGUCCGGAAUGGUUGCGCAAUAUGUCAGCAGAGCCCUCAGGCUCCCCCAGUACUUACAACAUCGGUGCCGGAGGACCAAACAGCUCAAUUGCAGCGAACAACCUUGGCAACACCACGACAGCAUCUGCCUCGCGUAAUCUAUUUCCAGAAUACCGGUACGGACGUGAGGAAAUGUUGUCGUUGUUUGAUCGGAACUGUUUGCUGCCGCAGAUUUUACCUUCGUUUAAGAAACUUUUCGUGGAAAAAGUUCAAUAUCCACUUGCCCUGACACCAGGCUCUGAGGAGGACAAUAACCAAAAUCCUGUUGGGAAUAGCUCGCGUCCGGCCUGGCUGCAGCGCUCAUCCGGUGGAUUUAGUACUGCAUCUCGGGGAACUGGACGUGGUGGGACAGUUGACAGGGGCCGAAUGCGCGGAAAAUCUGUCUAUCAUCCUAUAUAUCAACGUCCAAGUGGGCUUUACGAUGAGGGUUUAUCCGUAAUAUCUAUCAAGGCCGAACGUACUUGGAAUGAACGGAACGGAACUGGAGAUUCAGCAAUUGCCAACACUUCUGGUAACUUAGGUGGCUUAGAUUGGAACGGCACGCCAAGCUCAAGCCCUCGUAAAGACUUUUCCAGUCAUCAUCGCAAUAUGGAGAAUUGGCGGCGAUCUCGAAACGAAGACGGAUCCGGAGAUGGUCCAGUUGCCAGCGGUCCAGACAUUGCUGGUUGGCGAAGCGGUGGCGGCGCAGGAAAUGCCAAUACUAGUUUUGGUACAAACAGUCAUCGUUGGGGAAGGUCUACAAGUUGGCGCGAUGAAGACGCUAACGUCGACAGUCCAACCAGUUUGCAACGGUCAAUUUCAACGGUUGGGACUGUGAGCACAGAUCGCGAGCGGCCUGGAAGUAGUAAAGGGUGCGGAAUGGGAGCUGGAGAGGUAGGAGGAGGCACAUCUAACCCUUCUGUACGUUUGUCAGGCUCGAAGGCCUCACAAUUGUGGGCCGGCAAUAAUGAUGCAGUCGGUGCUAAUGCCGAGGACAAUCUUCCAGAAUGGGCUAUGGAAAAUCCAUCUGAAUUGGGUGGCAGCUUUGAUGCAAAUGGGGCCUUUCAUGGUGAUAUCGAUCUACAAAAUAACAAAUGUUCGCAUAAUUCUUUAAAGACCAAAAGUUUAAACUCUGAACACGAUGUUUCAAAAUCUAAAAGUAAGGACAGUACUGCAACAGAUAGUGCAAACGAUAAACCAUCUGAAAUCCUAUUAAUGAAAGAUCAGAACAUAUCAGCAGCACAGGAAGUCAACAGCAGCCGUUUAUCUCCAAUAAACUCAACAACGACAAAAAUGGAAGAGGUCCACGGUGAUAUUUCAGAUCGAAUCAAAGAAGUCGCCGAUGAAGUGGAAAAACUAAUAAUGGAAGAUGAUAAUCAAAGCUCAACAAAUCAAAAUCAACAUCAAAAUGAUAGCGGACGGUUUGCAGGGCCUCUGCCAAGUCUAGCUGAUAUUGAGUUAAGUAUGAAACCUGAUUCUGUAAGUGGUACUACAGUACGCCAGCAAGCCCCUCCUACCAUGCCUAUACAAAUGACGAGCACACUUUCAGAAACGGCUCAUCCAACAGCGCACCCAGCUGUACCGUUUUCAGACCAUGUGACUAUGCAGCACCAUAAUCUGCACCACCAACCACAUUUUUCAAUGCUUCCCACACCGCAUAUGGUCAAUCCAAAUCUCAAUGAAUUGUGGUUUUACCGGGAUCCUCAGGCAAAUGUGCAGGGGCCAUUCAGUGCCAUGGAGAUGACAGAAUGGUAUCGUGCUGGAUACUUUAAUGAAAACCUAUUUGUACGACGAUUCUCCGAUAAUAGGUUUAGACCGCUGGGCGAGCUUAUAAAAUUUUGUCAUGGGAACAUGCCAUUUACUAACAGCCACUUACUUCCUUCACCAAUUGAUCUAGAGAAUCUUCCUAUUAGUCAGAUACCACCCACUCUUCCAGCGCCUCUACCGCUUACACCCCGUAAGCCAAACCCAAUUACUCUUUCUCUGUCUGUUGUUGAACAGCAGUUGCAACAACAAAGAGACGAGCAACUUAAGGCAAAUGUGACUGCAGCUGCGGAAUCUCUUAGCGCCGCAAUUAAAGGAAAUCUUGGAGGAAAUAGCAUAGGCACUACAUCGCAUAUGCUUACAAUGCGAUUUCAGAUGCUGCAGGACCAGUAUUUGCAGCACCAGGAAUACCAAAUACUGGCAGAGCUAUCCAAAAAUGAGAUCUUUCAACGACUUUCAACAGUGGAGAAAGAGGCGGUUGUUCGGCGGAAAGUUCAAAUGCUUGUUCUUCCUGAGUAUUUGAGCAACUUAAACGCACUAAGCAACUCGCUCUCCAUAUUGAACCCAAUUGCCGGAAGUCAGUUAUAUAGUGCAGUGGCUGAACAUGCCAAGAAGGAUCAACAUAUGUUUGCGAACAGUAACGAACAGCAACUUUCAGUGGGUAACCUAUUAGAAGCCAAUAAUUUCAUACUAAAUGCCCAAAUUAUGCAUCAGCAAGCACAACCAGUGGUAGCUUCCUUGCCAACAUCGGCUGACUGUGUUAUGCAAAGUGGAUCUGCAGCCGAUCUUAAUAAAAUAGAUGAGCUGCCCAGAAAUGACUUGGACUUACUGAAUGAAUACAACUUACGAAUGCUCUUGCGAGGCCAGCCAACAGUUGGCCAACAGCAACAACCUUCACUUCCAACUUCUGGCAACGAAAAUCUUUCUGGAGGAGAUUUUAUAACUGAAACUCAGUUGUUAGCGGGACACAACUUAAUGAUUCCGAUGUGGUUACCACCUAACAAGCCACAACAGCUUGACCAACAAUGGCCUGGAAUACCCAAUACAAAAGCAACGUUGUGGGAAGUGGGGAAUUUAAAUGAAGAGCAAAGUGAAGAACAGCAACUAUUAAUUCAAAAAUCCCCACAAACCUGUUUCUCAGAUCCAGUGCAUUCUGUGCAAACACCACUAAACCAAGUUCAAUCAGAAGAUCAUUUUAAACAUAGCUCCGCGGAUUUAGGUCAGUGCCAGACUACUGACAAUCUAAAGGAUUCGAAUAAUCAUAAGUUAGUUUCAUCGUUUGUUUCCGAUAUUGAAGAGUAUCAAAACAAGGAACAAAGUUCUCAUCAGCAACAAACAAAGCAGACUAUUAAACAGCAUUCGACUGUAAGGCAGAAUGUGCUGCAGUCUUCCGCAAUAAAGCAAAUAAAUGAAGAUGAUCGCAAACGGGAGCAGACGGAAGAAAAACGUCGGCAAAAGGAGGAGCGCAAGCGUCAGCAACUGGAAGAAGAAAAACGGCGUGCUAUGCAGGAGUCCGAGGAAAGGGCCCGUCAAAUGCAGGAGGAAAAAGAAAGACAACAGCAAAUACAAGCCCAACGUCGAAAGGCAUUAUUAGGCAAUGCUCAAACUGCAGUUCAAAGUGGCAUCACAGGUAAUUCCGCUUCUAAGAAUGACGUCGUUAAAACGUCUGAACCGCAAGUGGCUUCGCGUUUACCUGCUGCAUCCGUAGCGCCAUGGUCACUUCAGUCACCAAAUUCUAGUAGCACCGCGCCUGGACUGGCAGAGAUACAAAAGGCAGAACGUCGGGAGCGCCGCGCAGACCAGCAGCGACAUCAAGAGUUGCUAGAUAAACAAUUGCGUGCCAAUGCUGCCGCUGCGGCUGAAGCUAACGAUGCUUUGCUAAAAUGGCAGUCGGCUCCAGCGUCGGCUCCCGUAAUGAGCCUUGCCGAGAUUCAGGCUGAAGAGACCAAGCGUCUGACCAAUGACCUUUUAGAUCAGCAGCGUCGUCGCGAACUGGAGCAACACCAGCAUGCUGCACUACAAUCAGCAUCUGUUGCGGCGAGUGGAACCUCCAACAUCUGGGGUAGCGGAAGUAAGGCAUGGAGCGGUUCGAGCGCUGCUCCGUUACUAUCUAUGAGAUCAAGCACUGGAACUGGUCUGUGGGACGAACCAAAUGCAUCAGGUACUAAUCAGUCUAUGUUUGGUUCUGUUACAAGCAGUAGCAUUACUGCCAAUUCCGCUGCAGGUGGACUAAAUUCGACCAAUAAAACAAACAUAAAUGCUCAGAAUAAGUCGUCGAAUUCAUUUGCUUCGCCUCGAAAUUUACGCAAAAGUCAGACUUUGCCGGCCAUACAUAACACAGGAAAAACCAUUAAAACUGCGCCAGGACAACAACAACAGCAAGAGAAACUGAAAAUCGGUCAGAUCCGUCCGGGUUCAAAAAGUACAGCUACUUCAGUUGAGGACAAAGAUAAGGAGAGAAAGUCCAAUUAUAAAAGCCAGGUGCAUCAAGGCCCCUCCGAACAGUCCAAUAAUAAGGUAACCGAGUACGAAAACGAGUUCACUAGCUGGUGUAUUAGGAGCCUAGAUAAUAUGUCCGCCAAAGUUGAUGUACCAACGUUCGUAGCUUUCUUACAAGAUUUGGAGGCACCAUAUGAAGUGAAGGACUAUGUGCGAAUAUACCUUGGUGAAGGAAAAGAGUCUUUGGAUUUUGCCAAGCAGUUUUUGGAUCGACGCAGUAAAUACAAGAGUUUGCAGCGUGCCCAAAAUGCACACAAUGAUGACAUGUGUAAACCAGCUCCUGCCAUUACACCAUCGGCGAACGACUAUACUGACAGCAAGAACAAGCAGAAAAAAGUUAAGAAGAAUAAGAUGACUAGAAUGGACGCCCGCAUUCUUGGGUUUUCGGUAACAGCCGCCGAGGGUCGCAUAAAUGUUGGCGUUCGUGAUUAUGUCGAAGGACCAUAACCACAUUGGGACAACCUCAAUUUUUUUAUAAAAUUACAAAUCUUAUAAACAACAGAAUUGAAUUAAAUGUUAGGUCACAAAUGGAUGUGCGCUAAACCCUGAUAUACCUAAAUAAAUAAAUAAAU